AAAGUUCGUCAGUCAGUCAGUCGUGUCAGUGGCACAAUCAAGAUGCUAUUACGGCCGAAGGCAGGGAGGUGGCACUCGCUCGCGCCGUCCGAUCAAUAUUUUUGGCGCCAGCGCACACGCCCCGCGCCCCUUUGACAGAACAUGGCGUUCCGCUCGCAGCCCUUCUCGCUCUAGUCAGGCGGUCGGUCGGCGCGAGCAACUCCUCUCUUCGGAUUUCGAGCAUGAAGCGCGAGGCGGAUGCAGAAAUGGGCCCGUCGACGAAAAGGACCCGCUCCGGAGAUGACAUUGACGUCCGUCUUCUCAUCCCCAGCAAGGCUGCAGGCUCUGUGAUCGGCAAAGGUGGUCAUAACAUAACUAAGCUGCGCACUGAGUACAAAGCCUCGGUUACAGUCCCAGAUUGUCCCGGCCCAGAACGGAUUCUGACCGUUGUCGCAAAUCCCGACACUGCCCUUGAAAUAAUUAAGGAGGUGAUUCCAUGUCUUGAAGAGCAACCACGUAACCAGGGAGGUGCCCGUUCCGAGGAUGUAGACAUUCGUAUUUUGGUGCACCAAAGCCAGGCAGGCUGCAUCAUCGGCAAGUCAGGCUUGAAAAUCAAAGAACUCCGUGAGAGAUCUGGUGCCAGAAUCCGCAUUUACAGCGACUGCUGUCCUCAGAGCUCAGAUCGCAUUGUUCAAAUCCAAGGCAGACCUCAAGUGUGUCUUGAGUGUCUGAAGGAAAUCAUUGCUCUGGUGCGCACGUCUCCAGUCAAAGGGUUGAACAACCCUUACGAUCCCCAUAACUUUGAUGAGUUCUACGCUGGAGAGUAUGGCGGCUUCGGUGACCCGAGCGCCAAGCCUGGUGGCAUGCGAGGCGCUCCCAACAUGCGUGGGGGUCCUGGAGGCAUGGCCGGACCCCCGCCCUUGGGCAGAGGUGGUGCCCGCUUCGGACCAAAUAUGGUAGGUCCUCCCAUCGGACGCAGUGCCAUGAGAGGAAUGCCUCCUGAUGGAUUUGGCUACGGAGGUCCUCCGGGUCGCAACAUGCCCCCGAAUAGGGGUGGCUACGGAGGUGGUGGCGGCGGAGGUGCGCGCAACUUUGGAGGAGGCGGCGGUGGUGGUGGAGGCGGCGGCGGUGGUGGAAAUGUCCAGAACGACUGGACUGAAGAUACCAUGAACUCAGGUGGACCCCAGCAGGGCCCAAAGACCCAAACUCAAGUCACCAUUCCUAAAGAUUUGGCUGGAGCCAUUAUUGGAAAAGGCGGUGCUCGCAUUCGCAAGAUACGAUCCGAGUCCGGUGCUGGCAUCACCAUAGAUGAGCCGCUGGCCAACUCUAAUGACCGAGUCAUCACCAUCACUGGCAGCGAUGCCCAGAUUCAGAUGGCACAAUAUUUGCUACAGCAAAGUGUUCGGGAAAAUUCCGACCGCAAGUUCUAAACCGUGGCCAUCUACAAGCUGUAACCCGACAAUUAACUUCUUCCCAGCGUUUGGAACAAUUCGAUUUUCUUGUUCACUUCCAGCAUAAUUUUUAAAACUAUACUUUACCAUUUAUUUGAUGUUUGAACAUAGGAUCAUGUCGCUUUUUGUGAAAUAAAACAAUUUAUUCGCAGUGUCAAA